UUUUUUUUUUUCUUCUAAACAUAAAAAAAGUAAUGUCCAGUUCUGGUAGAACUCUGCUUAUUGGCAUAAUUACUGGUUCUAUAAUAACAGUACUUGCAUCCAGUCUCAUUGCACAACUAAAAAAUGAAAACAAGGAAGAACAUGAUGAGCCUACGACUGAUAUUGUCGAAGGGGUUGACGGACUCAUUGGCAAUACGCCUCUUAUGAAAAUAAAAAGUUUAUCGGAAGCGACUGGCUGUACUAUUUUGGGAAAGGCAGAGUUUCUUAACCCUGGUGGCAGUUCAAAGGAUAGAGUAGCACUCAACAUGAUCAAGAUAGCAGAAGAGCAAAACAUUCUCGUUCCACAUACAGGAAGUACAAUUUUUGAAGGCACUGUUGGAUCAACAGGCAUAUCCAUUGCUAUGAUCGCACGCGCUAAAGGCUACAGAGCAUGGAUCGUGAUGCCAGACGAUCAAGCCAAAGAGAAGUACCAGCUGCUUGAAAAGCUUGGUGCUACUGUCGAAAAAGUGAGACCUGCUAGUAUUAUCGAUAAAAGACAGUUUGUCAAUUUGGCCAGAGAUCGUGCAUUGGAGUUUAAAGAAGGAGAUGCCAAGGGAUACUUUGCUGAUCAAUUUGAGAAUGAAGCCAAUUUCAAUGCUCAUUACAAUAAUACAGGUCCAGAAAUAUAUCGUCAAACAGGAGGCAAGAUCGAUGCUCUUGUAUUAGGCGCUGGUACAGGUGGUACUCUAUCAGGCAUUAGUUGCUACCUUAAACAGCAUAUUAAGAAAUUAAAGGUGUUUUUGGCUGAUCCACAAGGCUCAGGAUUAUACAAUAAAGUAAAAUACAAUGUGAUGUAUUCACCAACUGAACAAGAAGGAUCACGAAGAAGGCAUCAAGUGGACACAGUUGUAGAAGGAAUUGGUAUCAACCGAUUAACAAAAAAUUUUGAUAAAGGAAGGCAUUUGGUUAAUGAUGCCUUCCGUGUAACAGAUGAUGAAGCCAUAAAGAUGUCACGAUAUCUUGUCCGCGAAGAUGGAUUAUUCGUAGGUAGUAGCUCAGCAGUCAACUGUGUUGCAGCAGUAAGAGCAGCUAAAAAACUCGGACCAGGACAUGUUAUCGUUACUUUAUUAAAUGACUCUGGUCAACGUCAUUUGACAAAGUUUUGGAGCGAUGAAUAUCUUAAAUCACAAAAUAUAUAUGCAGAAUUAAAACCAGAGGAAGGUUUAUUUGAUUUUAUAAAAUAACUAGAAGACUAAUGAAUAAA